UAGUUCCAGUAUUUAUAUCCUCUCAUUGAGAAGCUUGGUUCAGGCACAAAACAAAACCAAUCACUCUGACCUUUAUCUUUUUUUCUGGCUUGCCAUCGUUUCUUCGAGAAAGGGAAGAGCGAUCUCCAUCUUUUGUGCCAGCAACACUCAUUUUAAAAGUUUUGACAAUGGCAGCCGCAUCCACAACUCGUGAAAAGUACCUGUACAUGGCAAAGCUCGCCGAGGAGGCUGAGGCCUAUGACGAGAUGGUGGAGUUCAUGGAGAAGGUCUGCGCAGCUGCAGACAGCGAGGACCAGGAACUCACGGUGGAGGAGAGGAACCUCCUCUCGGUGGCCUACAAAAACGUGAUGGGAACAAAGCGCGCUUCGUGGCGCAUCAUCUCCUCCAAGGAGGCGAAGGAGGAGAGCCUUGGUAACGAGGACCACCUAGACAACAUCCGCGAAUUCCGUUACAUGGUAGAGUCCCAUCUCUGUAACAUCUGCGACGAUGUCCUCAAUCUCCUCGACUCACGCCUCAUCCCGUCGGCCACCUCCGCGGAAUCCAAGGUCUUCUACCUCAAGAUGAAGGGUGAUUACUACAGGUACCGUGCCGAGUUUAAGACAUCCGACCAGCGUAAGGAGUCUGCUGAGAGCACCUUAGUCGCUUACAAAUCUGCCGAGGAUAUUGCUAAUGCAGAACUUGCUCCAACUCAUCCAAUUAGGCUCGGUCUUGCUCUGAACUUCUCUGUGUUUUACUAUGAAAUUCUCAACUCUCCUGAUCGUGCCUGCAAAAUCGCAAAAGACGCUUUCGAUGAAGCGAUAUCUGAAUUGGAUACCUUGGGAGAGGAAUCAUACAAGGAUAGCACUUUGAUCAUGCAACUUCUUCGUGAUAACCUCACCCUUUGGACCUCUGAGGUGGAGGAUGAUGCAUCAGAUUAAAUUAAAGACUGAAGAUAUAUUCAACUGCUGAUGUUUUUCAAGGGAUCGAGAUGCUUGUUGCUAAUCUCGUUUAUUAGGUGCUGAGAUUUUUGGCAUUCAAGUCUGUUAUGAAUUCUGGAUGUACUUGGCUGCUUUAUUUUGUCCAUCCAUUUUUAUUUGAAUAAUGUUUUGUUGCAUACAAAACACACUGAAUUACAAGAAAAGAUAAUAUAUAUAGAAAUGAGAGAAAAGAAAUGAUGUGAUUGAAAAAAAAAAAGAGAUUGAUAAGAAGAGAAGGUAAGCGAAAAAUAAGAUGAAAGAAAAUAUGAAGUGUGAAUGAAUAAUUUCUGUUUUA